AGUUUCGAUAUACGCUUAUGUUGUAAUUCGAACGGAAAACUUCCGAUAAUUAACUCGCGCCUGCACAACGGACGUUUACUUUGUGUUCAUUCGUAUAUUAGUUUAUCGUCAACAGCCAACACGAUCAAUGUCAAGUACGCAGACUUUUGUUCGGGAUUGAUAUUUAUCACAGUGCGUUUCGUACGAAUCGCGAGUGUUUAAACAUGCAGUCGAUGACAAUUCUAGUGUCUGUUAUUAUAGCAAUCGUGUCCGGCGAAACAGAAUUAUACCAGUCACAACGAUGGGUUACAAAAAUAUUAUACGAUACGCUUGAAAGUUAUGUCCCGGACGGUGGACCGGCGUGUAAGCGGGAUGGACAGGCAUAUCGCGAAGGAUUGAAGGAUCUCAGGCUAUGGGCAACCCAAAUGUAUGAUGCUUCAGCAAAGUUUCCAACAGGUAUAUUAUCUGGGAAAUCAGUGGAUUUUGGUGAUUAUGAUGAAUGUUUGGAAACCAACACAACUAAUUUAGACUUUAAACCGCAGUAUUGUAUUGUUAAUAUACGUUUUUCACCAUCUGUUAAGCUAUAUCCAAAUUACUACAAAACCACAUCACUUAAUAUUAAAAAUUCGUCAAUUUCUGCGUGGGAAGCAGUAAAGCUAAAUCCUAAUCCGGCAAAGGUUCAGCGUAAUGAAAUCAGUACUGCGAUUUGUAUUCCAUCCUCGUGCACUCAUUCAGAUCUACAGUCUACAUUGUCUCCAAAAAUUGUGUUUGCGUUUAACAGGCAGGAAAUAAACACCACUGUUACUGUGGACUCGCUAUACUGCACCUCACAACACGAUAAGCCGACCAAAACAUUAGGAUUUGCAAUUUUCUGGUGUUUCAUAUUAAUUAUUUUCAUAUUAACAAUUGUUGGAUCACUACACGAUUUAUAUCCGAAGGAAGAUAGUGAAUCUAAAUACAAACCUAUCAUUGCUGCGUUUUCAAUUCAAUCAAACCUAAAAAAGUUGUUUUACAAUAAUACUAAAGCUGUAGAAUUUGCUAGCUGUAACUUUCUUAAAAUAAUAGCUUGUUUAAUCGUUUUAUUAGGACACCGGUUGAUGUACAUUAGUGCACAGCCAGUUUAUAAUACUAACAAAAUCGAAGAGACUUUUGAAAUUAUGAUUUAUGGAAUAGUACAUAACGGACCAUUGGUAGUAGAUAUUUUUUUUACCAUCUGUGGAUUUCUAACUUUUAUUAAUAUGUACACUGAACUAGUGAAAACCAAACGAUUUAACAUGCCAUUUAUAUUAUUUUGGAGAUGGUGCAGACUGAUCCCUCUAUAUGGUGUAAUGAUCGCAUUUUAUUCAUUCGUGUUGGUACACCUCUCGGAUGGUCCUUUAUGGAAGCAUAUGGCUGUUAAAGAGUCGGAAAACUGUCAAAAAAAUUGGUGGACCAACUUACUGUUUGUAAAUAAUUACGUGAAUUCCGAUCAACCAUGUAUGAUUCAAUCCUGGUACAUGGCGUGCGACUUGCAUCUGUGCGCACUAGGCAUACUAAUUGUCUACUUUGUUUGGAAAUAUCCAAAGUGCGAAAGAAUUGUAUUGACGAGUGUUAUAAUCAUAUCAUGUUUCAUUUCAGCGUAUGUUGUGUAUGAUCAUAAAUUUUACCCGACAUUUUUUGGUUUCAUUUCGAAUUUGAAAUACCCGCCGAGCAAUGAAGUCUUCACGCUGCUGUACAUACCCACGCACACGAGAGCAACGCCUUACUUCGUAGGAAUGUUCGCCGGUCAUGUUUACCGGAUCACAAAAAUCCGGAAGCCCGACUUUCGGUUCCCGUAUCCGGCUCUGUGUCUGUGGACGAUCAUCUGCGGCGGCUUAUUAUGGAUGAUGUCCAUAUUCUACUUUUUCGUACACGAGUACAGCGUAUGGGCAAGCGUCUUGUACGCUCUUGUGUUUCGUCUGAUUUACUCGGCAGUGAUUUCGGCAUUUAUUGUCGUUUCCGCUGUAAACACUUGUUUCACGGGAUCUUGGUCAUUGAUACUCGCGCCAUUGGGUAGACUCACAUACGGAGUGUAUUUGGGAGGGUUGUCAAUGCAAUUGUAUCAUGUGGCUUCCGCGCGCACUCAGAUAUAUUUCAAUCAAUUAAUACUUUCAUGGAUUGUAAUUGGUGAUUCAAUAUAUGGAUUUGUCAUUGCGUUCAUCUUGUACUUGUUGAUUGAAAGUCCAUUUGAAAAUCUACUGAAACUAUUGGUCAACAAAAUAAAAGGAGGAAAACCUAAGACUGAAGAAAGAAUAUCGAAGGCUGUUGAAAUGUUACCACAUACAAUGGAAAGACAUAGUUAAUAUCAACUUUUAAUAGAUAUACUAGGUUACCAGAAUAUAAAGUAAAAAAUACUUAAAAUUAAGAAACAAAAUGUUCCUUUAUAGAUUGUAAUACAUAUUGUAUUUUUAUUUUAAUUUCUAAAAUUUUCUACUUUUAGAGUGUAUAAUAUAUAUUAUAGUAUAUUAUAAUAAAUAACUUAAGAACCUGAAUGUAAAAAUAAAAUUUUAUAAUAAAAAUAGGUUGUUUAUUAAUUUGUAAUGUGCAUUGUUUAUUAUUUGACAGCAUUGUACAAUCUAAAAUACAUAUCUACAUCAAAAAUUGAGUAAGUUGUGAUAUAGAAGCACCAAACUUUGUAAUUUAAUAAUGUACUCUUGGUUUACAAUAUAAUUAAGAUGAUGAUCAGUUAAUAUAUGACAAAACCAAAUUAUUAUGUUAAUAUGGUCAUCAUUUUAAUUUGGUUGCACUACAGAGAGUAUAGACGGUAUAAUAAAACUUUAUUAUAAAAUGUUGUUAAACAUUUUAUUUUUAUAGAAACAUC